AUGGGACAAGAGUUAGAGUUGGAUCUCAAUGACAAGUCUUCAGUGGUGGGUCUCAGUCCCAAUACUGUUCUUCCAUCUCAUCAAUAUGGUUUUUUAAAACUCAGAGAGGACUUGGCUGAGAAUAAUUUUGCUCGCUUCUGCAAUUCUUCAUGUAAGAGACUUCCUUGUAGAUCUCAUGUACUGGAAGAUAAUAUAGAAAUGAGACGAGGUUCCCUGUAUCAGAAUUCUGAGGAAAUAAUAAAGAAAAUAGGUACCAUGGGUGGAAGGAAAAAAAUAGAAAUUUCAUGUAGGAGUAGUGACGCCUCUUUUUCAAGUAGCAUUGUUGAUUCUUUAUGUGGUUCAGAUGAUGAAGAUUCUGAUGAGGUAACUUCAGUAAUAUCUCAGAAUUCAAAUUUGAGUUCACCAUCUGUUUCUGGUUCUUGGGCUUGUAUGGCACACAACACUUCAAAUGACUUUAUUUCAUUUUGCAUGAAUUCAGAUGUUUGGGAUAAAAAAUCUAGUGAUGUUGAAGGGAUAGGUUCUAUAAAUUCAUUCACAAAGUCAAAAUCUUUGACAAGCCCAGUGAGUUGCAUGCUGGAAACUACUGAAGUCAAAUUAACUGGGACAAGAAACAGGACUUAUCAGAAAUCCUUGCUGAAUGACUUCUCUAACACAGCAAAGCAUUCUGACAUUAUUUCCGAGUUUAUCAAUAGAGACAUCCAAUAUUCAGGUCUAACAUGUUCACCUGUUCAUCUGCACGGUAAUCUCAAGUUGAAAUAUAAACAAGGACUUCCAUUUCUUGAGUUCAAGGUAAAGUGCCCUGAAGAUGUCUUUGUGGCAAAGACAUGGAGAGCAGGUAAUGCUUUCAACUGGGUAUAUACCUUUCACUCCAUUGGUAAUAAUAGAAAGAAGAGCAAUUCCGCUGGCUUGGGAUCUCAUGAUUUUGAGAAAGAUUCAUCAAUGGUGGCACAGAUGCUGGUUUCCUAUCAUUUAUCUUCAGAAUUAGAAGGCGGAAUAUUUGACAACUCUAUGGUGACAGAAUUUGUGUUGUAUGAUCUUUCACACUCAAGAAAAAGUGCUUCACCUAAAAUAAAGUCCUUUGUAGGAGUAAAGGGAAAGGAGACCCCGAGUUCAAAUUCUUAUCCUUGGUUAAGCACAGAAUUGCAUUCGAACCUUGAAAUUGCUGCCAUUGUGUUGCAAAUUCCGUUUCACAUGAGAGAAAGCUUGAAAUACAAAAGAGGGGAUAGAGUAAAUAGUAAAACAUAUUCCAGACUAAGUGAUCUCUCUUCAGCAGUAAAGCAUGGUAGAAAAGGCCUUAUUGACAGAAAAGUCAUGGAACAAGUGAAGGUGGUAUUACCAACUGGCAAACAUGGUUUGCCAAAUGGGGAAAGUAAGGGUCCCUCAUCAUUACUUGACCGAUGGAAACAUGGUGGAGGUUGUGACUGUGGUGGCUGGGACAUGGCCUGCCCCCUUAUUCUUUUAGGCAAUCCUAAUAUUCAACUUGCUGAAGACCACCCUCUUCUGGAGGAAUAUCAACCACUGGAACUUUUCGUUGAGGGAGCCAAAGAAAGUACUCCUACCUUGGGCUUGAAGAUAGUUGAAGAGGGGGAAUACGCAGUUGAUUUUCAUGCACAAUUAUCCCCGUUACAAGCUUUCUCAAUUUGUGUUGCCAUUUUGCAUGGCACAUUUCCCUUCAACGGUGUAGGACAGGAGAAAAACCAAGAGUUAUCUCAAUGCAAUUCAUUGAAAAUGCUUAUUGAGGAGGAAGUAGAGUUGUUGAUCAAAUCAGUCACAGCAGAAGGGAAGAAAACAAUGUCCAAGAUUCAGAAGGGAAUUCCUCGGACCUAUGUGCUGAACCCACCUUUUUCUCCUAUUGCACGUGUAUAAAGUGUAGAGUACAAAUGAAUAGGGGACCUUGGCUUGCUGAUAAUGGCACUCACAUCAAUAUUAAAUAGGAGGUGCCCCAUCCCUAUGUUAUGAUUCUGCUUAUUUGAAAUGGGACUGGGUUAUUACUUAUUAUGUCAAAAGAAUAUUAUUAAUUCAUGGAGAUAAAGUGGA